GUGGUGAUUACACGUGCCAAAUGCGCAGCUGCGGCAGCCAAUGAGAAGUGGUCGCAACGUACUGAAUGAGUGGCAGAGGCGCUUCUUGCCGGUGAGAUGAUGGAUGGUGAAGGUGGUGGCGAUGCUGCUGUAGCCGUUGCUGAUAUGACCAAACUGGAAACAGGUCCUGAUGGUGACAGGAGACUAGGUGAUGUGCAGUUAGAAGGGGAGACAGAAAUCAUGGUGGAGCAGAUGCAACUCUCACCAUCUCAGGCGAUCUCGGACGAGGCAGCAGCCACCCCAGACCUUCUGACCAAACAGCAUGGGGUGAAGAGACAUCAUCACAAACACAACCUGAAGCACAGGUAUGAGCUGCAGGAGACACUGGGAAAAGGCACCUAUGGAAAAGUGAAGAGGGCUAUUGAGAGAUUUUCUGGCAGAGUGGUUGCCAUAAAGUCAAUUCGCAAGGACAAAAUAAGAGAUGAGCAAGAUAUGGUUCACAUCAGACGAGAGAUCGAGAUUAUGUCGUCACUCAGCCACCCACAUAUUAUAAGCAUCUACGAAGUAUUUGAAAACAAGGAUAAGAUUGUAAUUAUCAUGGAAUAUGCAAGUAAAGGGGAGCUGUACGAUUACAUCAGUGAGAGACGAAGACUAAGUGAAAGAGAAACGCGACAUUUCUUCCGUCAGAUUGUUUCUGCUGUACACUACUGCCACAAGAAUGGAGUUGUUCAUCGGGAUCUAAAGCUGGAAAACAUUCUGCUGGACGAAUGUGGUAACAUUAAGAUAGCAGACUUUGGACUUUCAAAUCUUUACCAAAAAGACAAAUUCUUACAGACGUUCUGUGGCAGCCCUCUUUAUGCAUCACCUGAAAUAGUAAAUGGGAGACCAUAUCGUGGACCUGAGGUUGACAGUUGGGCCCUUGGUGUGCUUCUUUACACGUUGGUAUAUGGAACAAUGCCAUUUGAUGGUUUUGACCACAAAAACCUAAUCAGGCAAAUAAGCAGUGGAGAAUAUCGUGAACCUACACAGCCUUCAGAUGCACGUGGUUUGAUUAGAUGGAUGCUUAUGGUUAAUCCAGAGCGUCGAGCCACAAUUGAAGAUAUUGCCAACCAUUGGUGGGUUAACUGGAGCUACAAGAGUAGCGUGUGUGACUGUGAUGUCUUGAGGGACUCUGAAUCUCCCCUGUUUGCCAGAUUCAUUGAUUGGCAGUAUCGUUCCACUGGCAGGCAGCUGGAUUCUGAAAGUAAAAGUAAGUGCCUACCCAAACCAUCCGAAGUUUCGCUAGAGCGACAGAGGUCUUUAAAGAAAUCCAAGAAGGAAAAUGACAUUGCACAGUCUUUGCAGGAUGGGACUGAAGAUAGUGAUUCAAAGAUUAUAUCAAAGAGACCAAAAGGUAUUUUGAAAAUAAGAAGCAACAGUGAGCACCGUUGUCAUAGUGCUGGAUUUAUAGAAGGAGUUGUUAGUCCUACAUUGUCUUCUACGUACAAGAAUGAAAGUGAAAAAGGCCAUAAUAAUGCAUCUUCUAGCAGCAUGCGAGAGCUGAAAGAAUCAACAUUAUACAGUUCAAAGCAAUCUACUCCCAUGCCGAAGAAGGGUAUUUUAAAAAAGACUCCACAAAGAGAGUCUGGCUAUUAUUCUUCUCCAGAGAGAAGUGAGUCUUCUGAACUACUGGACAAUGAUGAAAGAGAAAGCAUUGAUGUUUCUCAAGUAGUCCAUGAGCCGAAAAGAACUGUGUCUCAUAGCCUUUCUUACAGACGGAAGGGCAUAUUAAAGCACAACAGUAAAUAUUCAAGUGGUAAUGCAGAUUGUUCAAUGGCCAGCACUGCUGCACCAUCAGUGGAACCUAUGGAAGAAGGAGUGACACCAGUGGAAGGGUUGUCUCGAAGUUACAGUAGACCGUCUAGUGUGAUCAGUGACGACAGCAUCCUUUCAAAUGAUUCUUUUGAGUUGCUUGAAUUAGCAGGUGGCAGAACAAACAGACCCAGAAUACGUAGUUGUGUCUCAGCGGAAAACAUUCUAUACCUUCAGGAUUUUGAGGGCCUACAGAAAAGCCCUCGUCCGCAAAACCUAAAACGUUACAGAAACCGUUUUGCAGACAGCAGUUUUUCUCUACUUGCAGAUAUGGAUGACGUCACUCAGGUCUACAAAAAAGCUUUAGAAAUAUGCAACAAGCUUAACUAAUGUUGUCACAGAAGGCUAAGAGUUUUGUGAUGAAUACUUUGCUGACAGUAUUAGUGUAGAACUACACAAAUAGCCUCUUUUUGCAAGUGCACAUGCACAUUUUUCUUGUGAAAAUUCUCUAUUUAGUGUGAACGAUGUUUUUCCUUUUCUUAAAAAGUUAGAUUACAUUUUAAUAGCGCACAAAAAAAGGAUUUUUCAAGAUUUAUGCCACUCGUUCACUGGUACCUGCAGUAUUGUUCGUAAAAAAAGUUAUAGAACCAUUUGAUUGCUGGAGGUUCUAAGGAUAACUUAGUUUUGCAAUAUGUUGCACACCUAAAACUCAAACAAGUUCAAAUUAUAAAGCUGUUUUAUGCGGGUACCAUCUUUUUUUAUGAAUAAUUUAUUUAUAUUUAGAUAUCCAUAAAAGUUCCUAUAUUGACCUAUAUAUAAACAUAAUAUAUACUUAUGGUAAUUUUUCUCAUUCAUGCACUCUCAAAGUUGAAAUGUCAAAUACCCCUUUUGUUUAGCAAAGAUCUUGCUAAAAAAAAAAACUCUGUUCACAAAAAUGGUGACGUUUAGAUAUUUUUGUAUAUUUACUAUCCCUUCCGUAGUUCCUGUAGAUUAUUUUAUACUAUUAAAGUAUGAUGGGAGUGAUUAAUAGCAGAUCUCCCAGCUUGGGUUAAACUGUUCCCAAACUUGGGAACAGCUGGUCAACAGUGCACCCCAGAAGUUUGAGGAGACAGCUUUGGUAGAUAGAUUCGUUUUACAUAAUAAAUAGGUAAUCAUCUGAAUAUUAAACAAUUAUUAUUUAACUAUUUAUUUCUAUCAAGUAUUUAUAAGAAGGUAAAGGCUUUAUCGGGUCAUACUUAGCAUCUAUGUGAAAAAUAGGUGCUUCUUUUAUACAAAUAAUAAACAUCGCUCCAGUCAAACAAUUAAAUAAAAAAAUGCGAUAAGAACAAAAUGUAAUGUCACCCACAUAACUUGCAGUGAUGGUUCUAAUACACUAAAAUAUAUAGUAUGUUGAACUGUCACAACACAUACCGUCACUGGAAAAUGUUAUAUGUUUAUAUGAUACGUGUGCCUUUAAAUUAACUCAUGAUACGCCAACUUUAAAAUUGAACAUAGUUAUCAAGGCUUUAAAGGAUACAAAAAUAUCGGAUUAUGUUUUGUUCAUUUUCUGACCCCUCCUGAUUCUUCACAUAAAUACUAAACGUAUUAUUUUAGCUAGGGAAUGCUAUCGCUAGGUUUUAACGCCAUACAUUUUAACCUUUAUAACUGUAUGAGAACAAUUUUUAAGAAUGUGUACCCUUAGAAAUAAUUCUAUAACAUUGUUUGAAUUCUCCAAGUAAGGCGUUUGAACUUGUUCUCCAACAAAAUAAACAACAUUUUAGAUAUUUACAUAUUUCAAAAAUACAGAAAUUCAAUCUGCUUUCGUGCUCAAAGUGCACUAUGUGUAGUUUUUGUCUGCUGGCUCAUAUAGUAACGUAGUAUUUUUUUUUUUUUUUAAACUCUUUAAUAAAUACAACAAAUUAACAUUUUAGAGGUGCAGUAAGGUAUUUUGCUGUGUUUUCGGACCUGUUAAUUUGUUCUGCACAGAUGUUUGCCAAACGUAAUCCGAGAACCUUAGAAUUGAACAUAAAAGAGCGAUACCCUGGGUUGAAUAAAAGCUUGGACAUGCUUUCACUUAUAUUUCAUAUAAUAUAUAAUGAUUUUGCCCAUUUUAGCUGGCAAAUUCGUACUGGGUACAGGGUUCAAGUUUCUUCACUUUCACUGUCAGCAAAAUAAAAGACUUGAAAUAUUUAUGGGUGUAAUAGUGGAUAUGUGACCGUGUGUCAGAUUGCUUUAGAAUGUAGGUAGAAAGGAAAAUGGCAAGUAGUAAUGGCAGGGCAAGUUGGAACUAAAAAGGUGUUGUUUUUUUAAAAGUGGAUUUGGAGCAAGUAAGUGUAUAAUUUGUAAUUAAAAGAAAAGACGUGUAAUGUAAGCAGGAUAUUCUAAUGGGCAAUGGAAUAAAACUGUUAUUGAGAGAACCAGGAACUGGCCAAGAAUUGACUCCACAGCUUUUAGUAUCAAAUAUCCAUUACCAAGAGCUGAAUUGUAGCUCAUUUUGUUUUUAAACAGCAGUGGAACCACAUUCUUUCUAAUUCCUGUUAAACCGUACGAAGAAUGGUCACUUGAGAAAGAAAGGUGUGACUUUUACCACGAAGGUGUUUCAUGGGUCAACUGGACUGUGUGAAAGCACACAAGUGUUAACAUAUGUUGCAUACAUGAUAGGCCUGGGCAAACACAUAAUGUUUGUUUUCACAUCACUAACCACAGAUGCCAAAAAAAAAAAAAAAAAUUCUGUUUGAAUAGAAAAGCCUGUGUUUGGUUUAAUUAAAUGUUUUGAUACACUACCUGAUUUGACUUUAGUUUGAAUUGUAAUAAGUGAAUUCAGUCUCACUCAUACAAUAUGUCUCUUUAUUUUCCUGCUUAAAUAUACUGUUUCUAUGUCUCACAAAGAGGUUUUUGAAAAAUAUCAAAUUGACUUAUUAAAAGCCAUGAUUGGGUUUUGGUAUUUUCAUACUGGUUAUGUUUCAGAAACAUUGACUUUUUUUUUUACUGUGCACGUUUAUUAGGCUGGCAUGUAGACACCAUUUUACUAGUCAAAAAUGAGCUAUGUGCCAAUGUCCUCCCAUAUGCCCUAAUACAUUUUUUACAUUUUUAUUUUUUAUUUUGGCAGCAAUCACAUUCGAUGCAGCAUAUGUUCAGUCAUGGGAAAAAAAAGGACAAGGGCAAGAUUCACAUUUUUUUUAUAUACAAUAUAAAAUGAAUAAUUCUUAGAUUAGGACUCACAAGAAUUUAAUAACAGUACUCAAGGGUGAAAAGGCUACAUCUGUCAUGCAGCAAAUCAUAAUAAGAAGGUCCCACAAAUCUCCAAAAAAAAUUGAAAACUUAAAAAUAAAAUCGAAAUAAAUGAAUAAUAGUAGAACAAACCUUAAUGUGAAACGCACAUUAACAUAAAAAAAAAACCCCAAAACAUAUUAAAACAGAAAGUGUUAAGCGUUUGAUACAUAUUUAAAGCACCAUUGGAAUAUAAACUAUGUGAAUACAGUACCAAGUCCAAUAUAGUUGAUUUUAGUAAGUCCUUCAAUUAUGGAGUCUUGUCAAACUCUUCCGUGUUGCAGACAAGUUCAGACGUAACAAUGUGAACUCAUAAAUAAACACAAAACAAACAGCUUUAAGUCUAAAGUUUCUCUUUGCACAUGCCUAUAUAUUUAGUUUAUGUUACUAAUAUAUUAUUUGUGUAUAUUUUAAUUUAGGCAGUAUUUGUACUUUUUUUAAUCGCUUCUACUCCUUUUUGAACUACCUUUGA